AUGCUUUUAACCGAUGAAAACCUAGGAUCUUUACAAGGUCACAUUAGGAGAACUUUAAGAUCUAUCCAUAACCUUCCCUAUUUUAAGUUUACAAGAGGCCCUACUGAAAGGGCUGAUAUGAGCAGAGCCCUGAAGGAAUUCAUCUAUAGGUAUUUAUAUUUCAUCAUCUCUAAUGACGGCAAAGAAUUGCCUACUCUAUUUAAUGCUCAUCCGAAACAAAAAUUAACUAAUCCGGAACUUGCUAUUUUCCCUGAAAGUCUGGAAGAUGCUGUGGACGUUGAUAAGAUAACAUCUCAGGGGACCUUUCCCUUUUAUAAGAUAAAUGAAUCUAAAGUAGGUGACGUCCAUAAACAUACCGGUAGGAACUGUGGGAGAAAGUUCAAGAUUGGAGAACCACUUUAUAGAUGCCAUGAAUGUGGCUGUGAUGAUACUUGUGUGCUUUGCAUCCACUGUUUCAAUCCAAAAGACCACGUAAAUCAUCACGUUUGUACCGAUAUUUGUUCCGAAUUUACUAGUGGAAUUUGUGAUUGUGGUGAUGAAGAAGCUUGGAAUUCUCCGCUUCAUUGUAAAGCUGAAGAACAGGAAAACAAUACUUCGGGAAGCCCUACUACUGAAAAUAGUAUAAAAGAAGAUGUGUGGAAUGAUGCAACAAAUAUCGUACUGGUAGAAUUGGUUCUUUCUGAAGUAUUUGACUAUUUUAUUGAUGUAUUCAACCAGAAUAUUGAACCUCUGCCCACAAUACAAAAAGAUAUCACUAUCAAAUUGAGAGAAAUGACACAACAAGGCAAGAUGUAUGAAAGGGCUCAGUUUCUAAACGACUUAAAAUAUGAAAAUGACUACAUGUUUGAUGGAACAACAACGGCAAAGACAAGUCCUUCCAAUAGCCCUGAAGCAUCUCCAUCGCUCGCAAAAAUUGAUCCUGAGAAUUAUACCGUGAUAAUAUACAAUGACGAAUAUCAUAACUAUUCUCAGGCCACCACUGCCCUGAGGCAAGGUGUUCCAGACAAUGUACAUAUUGAUCUAUUAACUUCCAGGAUCGACGGGGAAGGUCGAGCAAUGCUGAAAUGUUCACAAGACCUAUCGUCUGUUCUAGGCGGAUUUUUCGCCGUUCAAACGAACGGUUUGAGUGCCACUUUAACAUCAUGGUCUGAAUAUCUUCAUCAAGAAGCUUGUAAGUAUAUUAUUCUAUGGAUUACACACUGCUUAAAUAUACCAAAUUCCUCCUUCCAGAAUACUUUUAGAAACAUGAUGGGCAAGACUCUGUGCUCAGAAUAUUUAAAUGCUACGGAAUGUCGCGACAUGACACCGGUAGUGGAGAAAUACUUCAGCAACAAGUUUGACAAGAGUGAUCCUUACAGAUAUAUCGAUUUAUCCAUUCUUGCCGACGGCAACCAAAUUCCCCUAGGCCAUCAUAAAAUUCUGCCUGAAUCAAGUACUCAUUCACUUUCCACACUAAUAAAUGACGUAGAAACGCCAAAAUCAAGAGUAUACUCUAAUACAAGACUACAGCACAUUUUAUAUUUUGAUAACAGAUAUUGGAAAAGGCUGAGAAAAGAUAUUCAAAACGUAAUCAUACCCACGUUAGCCUCUUCAACUCUAUACAAACCCAUUUUUUGUCAACAAGUUGUUGAAAUAUUCAAUCACAUUACAAGGUCAGUGGCAUAUAUGGAUAGAGAACCCCAGUUAACAGCUAUAAGAGAGUGUGUCGUACAACUCUUUACGUGCCCUACAAACGCCAGAAGUAUUUUUGAAAAUCAAAGCUUUUUGGAUAUUGUUUGGUCAAUCAUAGAUAUCUUCAAAGAGUUUUGUAAGGUUGAGGGCGGUGUCCUGAUUUGGCAGAAAGUUCAAAAAAGCAAUCUCACGAAGAGUUACAGUAUAUCAUUCAAACAGGGUUUGUAUACAGUAGAAACUCUAUUAAGUAAGGUACAUGAUCCUAGUAUUCCAUUAAGACCAAGGGAAAUGAUAUCUUUAUUGACUCUUUGUAAGCUCUUUAAUGGAGCUUGGAAGAUCAAACGUAAGGAAGGGGAACAUGUUCUUCAUGAAGAUCAAAAUUUCAUCUCGUACUUGGAAUACACCACUUCAAUUUACAGUAUCAUCCAAACAGCAGAAAAAGUUGAUGAAAAAUCAAAUGGUUCUAUUGAAUCAAAACUAUAUCUAAACGCCAUUAGAAUUAUCAGUUCAUUUUUAGGUAAUAGGUCUUUGACUUAUAAAUUGACGUCUGAUUCACAUGAGAUUAUUAAAUUUAGUGUAAGUCAUGAAAGAGUUGCAUUUAUGAACCCUCUGCAAACAAUGCUUUCAUUUCUAAUUGAGAAAGUUUCCCUAGAGGAUGCAUAUGAAGCUUUAGAAGGUUGUUCAGAUUUUUUGAAAAUAUCAGAUUUCUCUUUAAGAUCAGUAGUUUUAUGUUCUCAGAUCGACGUCGGAUUUUGGGUAAGGAACGGAAUGUCUGUGUUACAUCAAGCAUCGUAUUAUAAGAACAAUCCAGAGUUGGGAUCCUAUUCCAGGGAUAUACAUUUGAACCAAUUAGCUCUUCUCUGGGAGCGUGAUGACAUUCCGAGAAUAAUAUACAAUAUCCUUGAUAGAUGGGAACUGCUAGAUUGGUUUACAGGCGAACGUGAGUAUCAACACACGGUAUACGAGGAUAAAAUCUCAUUCAUAAUUCAACAAUUCAUUGCCUUCAUUUAUCAGAUAUUGACUGAAAGACAAUAUUUUAAGAACUUUUCCUCAUCAAAGGAGAGAAGAAUGGAUCAAAUUAAAAACUCAAUCAUUUAUAACCUUUACAUGAAGCCUUUUUCUUACUCAAAGUUAUUAAGAUCUGUCCCCGAUUAUUUGUCCGAAGACACUACCGAAUUUGAUGAGGCUCUUGAAGAAGUUUCUGUUUUUGUUGAACCUAAAGGCUUAGCGGACAAUGGUGUCUUCAAGUUAAAGGCAAGUUUGUAUGCAAAAGUUGAUCCAUUGAAAUUGCUAAAUUUAGAAAAUGAAUUUGAGAGUAGCGCAACCAUUAUCAAAACACAUUUGGCUAAGAACAAAGAGGAAAUACCGAAAGUUGUACUCAUACCUCAAGUCUCUAUAAAACAGUUAGAUAAAGAUGCUGUCAAUUUAGGUGCCUUCACAAGAAACACGGUAUUUGCCAAAGUGGUCUAUAAGUUGCUUCAGGUAUGCUUGGAUAUGGAAGACAGCACUUUUUUGAAUGAGUUACUACAUUUAAUUCAUGGUAUAUUUAAGGAUGAUGAAUUAAUAAACGGGAAAAACUCCAUACCAGAAGCUUAUUUGUCAAAGCCCAUAUGCAAUUUAUUAUUAAGCAUUGCCAAUGCUGAAUCUGAAGUAUUUUCUGAAAGUAUUGUCCGUAAGGCCGAUUAUUUAUUAGAGAAAAUGAUAAUAAAAAAGCCAGAUGAACUUUUCGAAUCAUUAAUUACCAGUUUUGGUAGCCAAUAUGUUAACGAUUAUAAAGAUAAAAAACUACGCCAAGGAGUUAAUCUGCAAGAGACGGAAAAGGAACGUAAAAGAAGACUGGCGAAGAAACACCAGGCAAGACUCCUGGCUAAGUUCAAUAAUCAACAAACUAAAUUCAUGAAGGAGCACGAGUCUGAAUUUGAUGAACAAGAUAAUGACGUUGAUAUGGUCGGUGAAAAGGUAUACGAAUCAGAGGACUUUACCUGCGCGCUCUGUCAAGAUUCCAGUUCUACUGAUUUUUUUGUGAUACCUGCCUAUCAUGAUCAAACUCCGAUAUUUAGACCUGGUAAUAUUCUCAACCCUAAGGAGUUUAUGCCCGUAUGGGACGGUUUCUACAAUGAUGAUGAAAAACAAGCUUUCAUCGAUGAUGAUGCCUUGGAGGCUUUGAAAGAAAAUGGUAAUUAUGGAUCUAGGAAAGUAUUUGUAUCCUGUAAUCACCACAUUCAUCAUAACUGUUUCAAAAGAUAUGUUCAAAAAAAAAGAUUUUCUUCGAACGCAUUUAUAUGUCCUUUGUGUCAAACAUUUUCAAACUGUACUUUACCUCUUUGUCAGACUUCAAAGGCAAAUACUGGCUUAUCUUUAGAUACUUUUUUGAAAUCAGAACUCUCUUUGGACAUACUUUCGAGGCUAUUCAAACCUUUCACAGAAGAGGAUUAUCGUACGAUAAAUUCCAUAUUUUCAUUAAUGAUAUCCCAAUGCCAAGGCUUUGAUAAAGUGGUAAGAAAACAAGUCAAUUUUACGCAAAAGGAUGUUUCCUUGGUUCUGAGUGUUCACUGGGCAAAUACAAUUUCAAUGCUAGAGGUUUCUUCUAGAUUAGAAAAACCACACAGCAUUUCGUUUUUCAGAAAUAGAGAACAGAAAUAUAAGACAUUGAAAAAUAUUUUAGUUUGCAUCAUGUUAUUCACUUUUGUCAUAGGCAAACCAAGCAUGGAAUUCGAACCAUAUCCGCAAAAAUCUGGCACCGUAUGGAACCAAAACCAACUUUUCCAAUAUGUCGUUCGCAAUGUCUUAUUUUCUCCAGUUUCAUUCCGGGAAACCGUUACCGAGGCUUUGACAGCUUUCUGUAAACAGUUUCUAAGUGACUUUUUCAAGGGUCUUCCUGAUGCAGAAAGAGCGGCCACACUGUAUGUUGAAGCAACAAGUAUAGGAGAUGUUUUUGAGGUAGAUGAACGUACCCUCUUCGCGCUGAAGAGCAUAUCUGGCGUACGAAUGGAAGGUUCAGAAUCUCAGGCCGUUAUUUAUGAUUUAGCCUACACUUCCCUGUUGAAAAGUCUUCUGCCUACAAUUAGAAGGUGCCUGGUCUUUGUCAAAGUACUACAUGAAUUGAUGAAGGAUUCUGAAAAUGAAACAAUGAUUAUCAAUGGCCUUGAAGUUGAGGAGGAACUGGAAUUCGAAGACAUUCCGGGGUUUGUUAAUAAAGCAUUGGAGAUGAUUACCGAAAAGAAAUCAUUAGUCGAUCUCUUGAAGUCUGAACAUUCCGUUGUACUAUCACACCCAUAUUUGGAGAAGAUCCCAUAUGAGUACUGCGGUAUUAUAAAAUUGAUAGAUUUAUCAAAAUAUUUGAAUACUUACGUUACUCAGUCCAAAGAAAUCAAGUUACGUGAAGAGCGGUCCCAACGUACAAAAAAUGCCGGUAAUCGAUUGGAUUUCAAAAUAUGUUUGACAUGCGGUGUCAAAGUGCAUUUAAGAGCAGAUCGCCAUGAAAUAACUAAGCAUUUGAACAAGAACUGCUUCAAGUCAUUUGGUGCCUUUUUAAUGCCAAAUUCGAGUGAAGUAUGUCUUCAUUUGACGCAGCCUCCCUCCAACAUUUUUAUAUCAGCUCCAUACUUAAAUUCACACGGUGAAGUUGGUAGAAAUGCUAUGAGAAGAGGUGAUUUAACCACCUUAAACUUGAAAAGAUAUGAGCACUUGAAUAGAUUAUGGAUUAAUAAUGAAAUCCCCGGGUAUAUCAGUAGAGUAAUGGGUGAUGAAUUUCGAGUGACGAUACUUUCUAACGGCUUCUUAUUUGCAUUCAAUAGAGAACCAAGACCACGAAGAGUGCCUCCAACAGAUGGAGAUGAUGAAGAUAUGGAGGAAGGAGAAGAAGGUGGGUUUACAGAAGAAAAUGAUGAUAUGGAUUUAGAUGAUGAAACCGGUCAGGCCGCCAACUUAUUUGGGGUUGAUGCAGGGGGCAUUGCUGAUGGUGGAGUCCGUGAUUUUUUCCAAUUCUUUGAGAAUUUCAGAAACACUCUUCAACCGCAGGGGAAUGGUGAUGACAACGUAACUCAAAAUCCACCACCAAUAUUACAGUUUUUGGGGCCUCAAUUUGAUGGAGCCACUAUCAUAAGAAAUACAAAUCCAAGAAAUCUCGAUGAGGAUGACUCUGAUGAGAAUGACGACUCUGAUGAACGUGAGAUUUGGUAG